UUAGCUCAAAAUGAAAGUUAAUUGAUCCGUUCGGAAGUUAUUUAAGGUCAAAGUUUGAAAAAACUAACUUUCAAAAAAUUGUUACUUUUAAAAUUCUUUUCAUUGUAGGCCACGUACAGCCGUACAGCAUAAAAGACGCAAAAAAGAAAAUUUUUUAAUGUUAGAACAUGAGAAAGAUGAAGAAAUAAGAAUUUCGAAUACAUUGAUAUAACAUUGGACAACUUUAACGAGGUAAUGUAAGAACUAUAAGACAAAUCGCCACACCAUUACAUCCCAACUAACUAUUCUGCUAGUGUUAUCUCUUCUAGCCCUCUUACGACUUACGAACUCAGUGACUUUCAUUGACGAUAAAAGGGCGGGAAACGAUUCAAAGGGCACUCUCGAGUCGCGCGUCGAGCUGUAGAGAAGCAUUCCUUUGUCAUCUUGUUUUUUUUUUUUUUAAUUACUUCUCGCAUUUCCGGAAAGCAGGCGCGUGAUUGGCGAACACGACGCGACCCACUUUGGCGAAUGUCGAUUCCGAACGAAUCGGCCGACGGCCGUUACGUGGGAGAAGCGAGAGCGAUCAAAGAGGUAGGAAAUGGGAAAGAGAGAGCGAGUGUAGAUACAGAUUGUUACAGAUAGACGGGUGUGCGCUGUGCGCCUCUCGCUGCUCGCCGCUCGCGAAACCAACGAAACGUCCAGAAACGUCGACGGUUAUAUACCAGUGAUUAGGUGUGGUACGUGGUACGUGGUACGUGGUACAUGGUACAUCUUCGCAGCUCGCGAAUGAUUCAGAGAAUUCUUGAUCACGAGAAGAGGGUGGUUCGUGGUCUCGGGUUCGUCUGUUCAUAAACGAACGGUCGUAAGGGCGGGCGACGACGACCGAGAUAAUCGAGUUCGUCGUCGUCGUCAUCGUUCAGAACGUGGCAGCGGUUUCACAACGGCGGUGGCCGAAUGAAAUCUCGCUACUCAAAAGAGAAAAGGUAUGAUAACGCACAUAACCGUUUCUUGGCCGCGAGCGCACGGCACACACACACACACACACACACACUCACGCGCGCUCGCGCGCUAAUGACCUCGUUCUAAUCGUCGCCUAGUUGCUGCUUUCCGAUGUCGUGGCCAACUUGUCGUCACGGGGUAACCGAUACCGUUUCACUCGAUUUCGUCCCGAUUAAGAUUCGCCUGUAGCUCGCCGCUGAUCGCGGCAUAUGGCAGUGAAAACGUCUCGCUUGUGAGGUCAUAUUUGUUUACCUGUCGUUAUUUCGAUUUGGUCAAUUUGACCUUCAUUCAGAUGACAAUUUGGUAUCACUCUCACAAAGAUCCGUACUGCUCGUAGGUAUAUGUAGACUGCAGUUUUUUAAGUUUGCUUUCAACAGCGUGUUUUUCCGCUACAUUCCAUCCCUUUCAAGCAUCGAGAAGUAGAUGCCGUGAUUCGAUUAGACGACGAAUGUUCCGAGCUUAUUUCAUAAACAGUAAAAAAGAUAAUAAGACAAAUGAAAAAUAGUUUAUAUAAAAAAAAACGGAAACAUUAAACGCCAAAGACUUGAACUAAUUUAAUGGAAUGAUGCUAGUUGCUCAAAAAUAUAUCUCUUGUGGUUUUUCUUCCUCUCCUUUCUCUUAUCUAUGAUGAAAAAAUAGUUUUGGAGCUAUAUAUGUAUGUAGGAUAAGUUUUGAUUAUUAUUGAAUAAUAUACUUGUCCUAUACUUUAGUGAGUAUCAAUAUCUUUUUUUGAUCUAUUGUAUUAUCUAACUGUUACAGAACAUCUAAUGUGAAAUAUAAAUAAAAUAAAUGUUAUAACUAAUGACAACAAAAUUAGAAGUACUUUGUUUUGUAUUUUAUUGGUUUCUUUUUGAUAAUCAGGCACUUUCCAUGAGUAGGUUCUUCGGUUUAUUUUUGCUAGAUCUCUAUUACUAAAUUUCACGUUAUUCUGUUACAUUGAAGAUUGCCUAUUUUGACAAGAUUUAAUAUUCAAUAGCUAUUGCUUAUUUGAAAUAUAUCAAAGAUUAUGCUUACCCAACUCGAUUUAUACCAGAGUUAUAACAUUGAUGUUAUAAAACUGGCCAACCAUAAGUAUUCCUGUAAAGAAUGGAAUAACUGCAAUUGGUCAGUUUCAUAAUUACAGAUAUUACUAAACCCAAUUAAUGAUAACGUGUAAACGUAGUAAAAAUUUAAUGAAAAUGUGUUAUACAAGAUCAAUUAUUAUGGAUGUGUGACUUGUUUUUGUUUACAUCACAGUUUCUUGUUGUUUUUGGGAAUCUUACUUAGCUUUACUCUAUUCUAUACAUAUUCUGUCGUAUAUUUUGAUCAUACACAUUAAUAUAUUUACUGAAAUCUGUUGUAGGUCAGUUAGCAUAAAUUUAAACAUUGAUUUAAAUAUAUCUAACUGUGUUCUUGCAUGAGAGAAUCACCAUGAGUCAAGACGAUGUCAUAAAAAAUCUACGAUCAUGCCUGAUAUCAUGCAAAGGUGGUAUCAAGUUGGACAACUUGAGUGCGGACUAUCGUACAGUAGCAGGAGAACCAUUACCUUUCAGACAAUUUGGAUAUUCUUCUGUUGAAGCCUUUGUACGCAAUAUUCCGGAUGUUACAUUGACCAAGAAAUGUGGAGAACUAUAUGUGGAAGCUGUACCUUCUAAAUCCACAGCACAUCUUACAAAAUUAGUUUCGCGGCAGAAGAGUGCUCGACGAAGAAUACGACCACAGCCAAAAAAAUGGACACCACCUCGACGAACAAAAGGUUUUUCGCCUGGUUUUAAAAAUAAUAAUUCCAGCAGUGGCUUGCAACCUAACAGGAAUAAUUACGUUAGUUCUUCCAAUUCUUUUACUAGAUCUACACCUGGCAAGAGUAACUUGUAUACAGAUUUUUGCAGGUAUUUACCUAAACCUCUUAUGGAAACUAUAGUACAGCGUCCAUUACCACAGAACAUAACACCAAGUACUCCCAAAUUACAGAGACUGAUUGAAGUGGCAGAGCCAGUGAACCAAAGUUACUCCUCUAAUAAUUGUAAUUUAAGAUUAAAAGUAUUAAAUGACAAUACAGCAGCUUCGUCUGUGAUAAAUCAAAAACCAAAGACUGUAGAGUUGAAAACCUCAAAACUAAGCGAAAGACUCAAAGUUACUCCUCCCGUAACGCCUUCAAUACCGAUUAAUAAUUACAAUAGCAGUGGUACAACUACGCCUGUCCCAUCUAUCCUUAAUAUACCGCAGAUUGGCGCUCAUAUAUUCGAGAAGUCCUACCCGGUGGAUGCGGCGACCGAGGAAGAAGCUGAGAAAAUUGUAGCACGCAAGGCUUUGAAAAGUCUUGCUGAAGAAUCAUCGAAUCACGAGGUGACGACUAUCGAUACGGAAUUGAUAAAAAGACGCAUUUUGAACAUCGUAACUGGGCAUCAAAGUGGAGUCUUCAUGCAUCUAUUACCCGACUGUUAUAAUGAAAAAUAUGGAGAGGCCUUACCUCACAAUUGGCAAAAAAUUAUUGAUGACUGCAUUGAUAUUAUUCAGGAGAAAGGCGUCGGGGAUUCCACAAUACUUUGUCUAAUCUCCCCAAGUUCGAAACGAUCGGAAAGUAACUCCACGCUGUCAUCCAAAAUUUCAUCUGAGAAUAUCUUCCCGUCUAACAAAAAGAUACAGUUAAGUCCGAUUGGAUCUGUCGCGCCCGACAUAUUGCCGAUACCCGAUGCGGCUAUUUGGCUAGUGUGUGCCACUUGUGUUAUAAAUACCGUCGAAAUUUGGGUUCGACUCUACGAUCAAAAUGACGAGUUUGUUGAUAUGACAAACGAAAUGAUGAGGCAUUAUGAUCAAAUGAGCGAACGCACCUCGCCAGCGGUAUGCGUACCUAACGAUUUCUAUGUCGUUUUAGAAGAAAAUUAUUGGCAUAGAGUACAAUGCAUAGAUUUUGAUGAUGAAACCAGAAUGGCCACGGUUUUCUUUAUCGAUGAAGGACUCGUGGAACGAUACAAACCUGACGUCUUGCAUCCUUUGGACAGAAAAUUUUGCGUUCUUCCAUGUCAGGCUAUCAGAGUAGGCCUUUAUGGAUUAAAAGACUUCCGCGAUUGUGAUCAAAUAGUACCAGAAAUCGAAAAUUAUCUGCUAAUUGAUCAAGUAUUUAACGUGAGAGUACAUGGUAGAGAUGCCGAUGAAUAUGGCUCAUAUGUAACGGUGACUUUUUAUGAUACAAGUAAAGAUGAAGAUAUUGAUAUUAAUCAAGUCCUAGCCAAUAAAAUUUUAGAAAACUUUGCUGUCGCUUUUAAAAUGCGGCGGGGACAAUUAACUGAAUUAUAUGUGACGCACGUAGACGAACAAGGUAAAGUUUAUGCACAAAUAAAUUCGUUCGCCAAAACGGUAUUAAAUGGCGCAAAUAUGUCUACAAAUAAUGCUACAAGAGUCGAGGGGAUUACCUUCACAAAAACGUACCUUGCAAAGUGGAAUUCACAAUGGUAUAGAGCAAGAGCGAUUGACAUUUUUGAACAGCAAGGGGAGGUAGCAUUACUUUUGAUUGAUAUCGGUCGAACCGUUCGGAUAUCGAGGAAUAAUCUCUUUGACAUUGACAAAGCCUCACAGAUUUUACAAUGCAUUCCUCAGCAGGCGAUGCAAAUCUUUCUGCACAACAUUGAUCAAUUGAUGUACGAAAGGCUGACAAGAUUUCGUGAAUUAGUCUCCGACACAGAUUUACUUUUAGCGAAAGUCAUCGAGAUUAGUAUGUCCGGGGUUCCAGUGGUAGAGAUUUUCAAAAGAAUCGGGCCGAGUAACAUGUUGGUCUCGAUAAAUACAUCGUUGAUUUAUGAAGACAAACUAUCAAAAGUUAACGAAGAUGGCAAUAAUAAUAACAAGCCUAAGAAACGUCUGGAUCGUGGAAAUUCUCGAGGUCCAGAAUUGGUUGAAAAAUUGAAUCCACCCGUAAUUUCGGAUAUCGGCCAAUAUUUCGACGUUCAUAUCACAUUGGUGUCGCAUCCAGGACACUUCAUUGUGCAACCGUUAAACAAUGCGGACGAAUUGAAAGCAAUGAUGAACGAUUUGCAAAAUUGCUACGAGGUGAACAAUGAUCCACCUUUAGAGUAUAUCAAUGAAGGUAAACUUUAUGCAGGAAAGUACCGCGACGAGUGGUACAGAGUAUACGUUACUCAUAUUAUCAACGAUAGUGAUGUAUCCGCGUACUUUUGCGAUUACGGUGACGUGAUGGUAAUAUCCCGCGACAACUUGCGGCUAUUGAAAAGCAAAUUCUUGAAAUUGCCGUAUCAAGCGGUAAAAGCUAAACUCGUCGGAAUAGAGCCGAUAAAUGUUGACUGGACGGUGACCGAUUGCAUCAAAUUUAAGGAUUUAGUGCUCGAAAAGAACUUUGUCUCCGUAAUUCAUCAGUCUAUAUUCGACGAUCUCUCGCCAGUCAAUGGUACAAUGCUGGGUUUACGACUGAUUGACGUUAGCACCGAAAGAGACAUUUAUAUCGACAAAUUAUUAGUAGAAGAGAGACGUGCCAAAUACAUCGAAGGAUUUUUGAAUGAAGAGCUUCCUUCUUAGGUUGUUACAUUUGUUCGGCGAGCAAAAAUAUUUUCUUUAUGAUUAUGUUAUUAUUAUUUUACGACGCCAUGCGUUCCAUGUAAAUGAUAAUUUGUUAUUCUUUUAUAAGAUUUUUUUCUUCCGUGAAAGCACAGCGGCACAUCGAUGCGCACGCGAACGUUACAAAAAGGAAUAACAAAUUAUUAUUAUUUUAGUUUUAUGUCGAUUAAAUUUGUCUCUUCAAUUAGUUUUGUUAUUUGAAAAUUUUCUUUUUCUUAAAUAUUAAAAGAUAUGAACAAGAUUACACGCACGUGGCCAGUUAACUUACAGAAGUUCUCGUUUUUACUUAUUUUCGUUUAACGGUUUAUUUAUGCGUAUAUUACAAUAGUCUUCUCAAUGUUAUUAUCAAUUACGUUUUUGUUAUUACACAUAGACAGAGAUGUAAUUACUGUUAAACUUGUAACGAAGUGCAGUUUAUUUACAAGCAAGUUUUAUUAUAAUUUUGUUAUAUUUUUUUAAAAACAUUGAUUUUAUGUCAAGUAUUCUUUAACAACGUUAUGUUGUCUCCAUUAUAAUUUUUUGUCGUUCAACUUUGCAGGGUUAACAUUAAACGAAACAGUAUGAUUGUCUAACGACAAAAGAUUGGCUGUGUAUAAUAUAUUAAUUAACUAAGUAAAGCAUUCCAAAUAUCUGUAAAUUAAAAAACAUACUAUAGAUUAAAAAAAUAAAUUUAUAUAUAUAGUUUCUAUAUAUGUACAAUUGAUACACACAUAAGCGCGCGUACAUACAAAAUAUAUAUUGAACAUUACACAAUUAGUCGUUUCUAAUACGUGAUCUGACCUCCUGGAUUGGAAUAAUUUACUUUAUUGCCAUAUAUUGUAUGCGUAACACUAGAAAUUCUCACGAGGUUUAUUGUAACGAAUAUUUUUAUUUUUUUAUUGAUCUGCAACUAAAGUUACAUGUAAAAUAAAGUUUAUCUAUAAUAA